AUGUUGAAGCUCUCGUGUAAUGUGACUGACAAGUUACAGAGUUUCUUCUUCUCGUAUUCUCCGGUACAUCGGAGAAUCGUUUCCUCCUCCUCGUCCGUGUCUUUUUCUCAGGUGAGGAUAUCGGAUCCAAUACGAGCGAUUGUAUCUGCUGAUCAAGGAAGCGUGAUUCGAGAAGAAGAAUGUUUGGGUACUCUUGCGGAUCGGCUCCGAUUGGGUAGUUUGACGGAGGAUGGUUUAUCUUACAAGGAGAAGUUCAUUGUCAGAUCCUACGAAGUUGGAAGUAACAAAACCGCCACCAUCGAAACCAUUGCUAAUCUUUUGCAGGAAGUGGGAUGUAAUCAUGCUCAGAGCGUUGGAUUUUCGACUGAUGGAUUUGCAACAACACCUACCAUGAGGAAAUUGCAUCUCAUUUGGGUCACUGCAAGAAUGCACAUUGAGAUCUACAAAUACCCUGCUUGGGGUGAUGUGGUUGAGAUAGAGACAUGGUGCCAGAGUGAAGGAAGGAUCGGGACAAGGCGUGAUUGGAUUCUUAAAGACAUUGCUACGGGUCAAGUCACUGGCCGUGCUACAAGCAAGUGGGUGAUGAUGAACCAAGACACAAGACGGCUUCAGAAAGUUUCUGAUGAUGUUCGGGACGAGUACUUGGUCUUCUGUCCUCAAGAACCCAGAUUAGCAUUUCCAGAGGAGAAUAACAGAAGUUUGAAGAAAAUCCCGAAACUCGAAGAUCCAGCUCAGUAUUCAAUGAUUGGUCUUAAGCCUAGACGAGCUGAUCUCGACAUGAACCAGCAUGUCAAUAAUGUCACCUAUAUCGGAUGGGUUCUUGAGAGCAUACCUCAAGAAAUUGUAGACACGCAUGAACUUCAGGUCAUUACUCUGGAUUACAGAAGAGAAUGUCAACAAGACGACGUAGUGGAUUCACUUACCACCUCAGAAGUUGGUGGGACCAAUGGCUCUGCCACGUCAGGCACACAGGGCCACAACGAGAGCCAGUUCUUACAUCUACUGAGGUUGUCUGGAGAUGGUCAGGAGAUCAACCGCGGGACAACCCUGUGGAAAAAGAAGCCAUCCAGAUAA